UGUGCGUAUUGGGGGUCCAUGGCCAACUCCGGUGAUCUUGCUGUGAGUUUUGGCAGGCAGCUACAUACGAAGGGUGGCGGUGAGGCUGUAGAACGUCUAGCAGACGAAGAAAUACGCCUUCUUGAAAACAUCAAGCUUCAUCUGAAUAAACGAGUAAAAGCAGAUUUAGACUACGCAUCAACAAUUCUCAGGGUCAACCAGUUAGCUUCUAGAACAUGCAAGGAAGACUCCAGUCCGCUGGCGAAGGCCUGGACUGCAUUUGCCGGUCAGUCUGACGAAGUUGCUCACCGCAUCACGGAAAACGCUAGGCAUCUAUCAAAUACAACGCUAGAAGCUCUCAACAAGCUUAUCAGAGAAAAGCGCAAUGCACAGAGGAAGUAUGCAAGUGAGAGGCGCCGCAUCGAGACUGUGAACAGCAAGCUUGCAGGCGACGUAGAGAAGUUAAAGAAGAACUACAGAGAUUAUGCCAGCGAAACGGAAGUGCACAAGAAGAAGUAUGAAGACCUGUUGCAGCAGCAAAAGAAGGCAAAGGCUAAGGAAAUUGACAAAGCAAGAGAGAAGUAUGUGAAACAUGCAACACGUUUGCACCAUUGUCACAACGAUUACAUAUUGGCCACUGUGGAGGCCAAUUAUCAACAUCAAGCAUCACUUGAGAAGAUUAUGCCACACUUACUGGAUGCUCAACAAGAACUCCAGGAGUGCUACGUUGAAGACUGGAAGGCUAUUCUUCAAGAUUACCAAGAGCAGACAAGAUUUAAUCGAGAUGAUUUUGUGGAGUGUUUUUCUUCAGUACAGCAAGCUAUUGAUGAUGUUCAGAAAGGACUAGAAUAUGUUACCUUUGUCAAGCAAAACAGCUCUGAUCCUACACCAUUUGUACCUUUUGAGUUUGACUCACAAAUGAUGGAUCUAACAACGACAAGUGUUCAGGCUGGACAAAUUGUCUUAAAUAACCUUACUGUUGAAAGUUUGAGAGACAAACAAGAGACGUGUCAGAACAAGCUGGAAGAAUGUGUAAUGACUCUUGGCUAUCGAUUAGAGGAGCUGGAUUCAGUGAAGAGUGAGCAGGAUGAUCCAGAUACUGAGAGUGAGAUUAGAAGAACAAACCUUACAAAUCGUGUUCAAAGACAAAGAGAUCUGGAGAGAGAAAUAGAAGAACUGAAAUGCUCUGAAACUAUCUUGAAGGCACAAGAUGAGUUGAUAAAGAAUGUUCUUGAACCAUUGGGUGAGGAUGAUGCACCUAUGUUUGCUGAUAAUGUGCAGUCCGCUGAAGUCCCUCAAAGUCUGUCACCUACUACUGAAGUAGGUCUGUCAUCAGUCGAUGGAGGGGCAAAGGGGGAAGGCAAUUACUCAGACUUGCAAAGACCAGGAUCAAAAUCAGUGGGACAUAAGUUAGGAGCAAGACUGAAGAAACUGAUGGGGAAAAGUGCCAAAAAGGAUCUUCAAGAAGAGCCAGUAGCAGAUUCUUCUGCAACAUUACAAGGAAAUAGUAAAGGCGAUGACAGUUCUGACUCUUAUGAGCAGCCUCCUGAACGGGCAAUUCAAGAAGAAGAGUGGUUUCAUGACAAGAUGGGUCGAAAAGAAGCAGAGGCUUUGUGUGCUAGAGAUGGAGACUAUCUUGUUCGUACAAGUGGGCAAAGAGGGUAUGUGCUGACAACCAAGUGGCUUUUGCAACCAAAACAUUUCAUCAUACAGACAGAUGAUGAGGGAUGUUUUCUGUUUGAAGAUAAGGCAUUUGUGACUGUAGCUGAGCUGCUGACACAUCAUGUUAAAACAGGGACAGCCGUUACAAAGAAGAGUGGUGUAGUUAUCAAGAAAGCUAUUUUAAGAAAACUACAAGCAGGCUCAAAAGGAUUGUCACAUGACAGCAUUGUUAUGGGGGCUCGUCUAGGCAAGGGAAACUUUGGAGAUGUUUAUAGAGCCAAAAUGAAGCAUAGCAAUCAAGAUGUUGCCGUUAAGACCUGUCGCUCAGAAAACUUUGGGGAUGCUGAAAAGUUUUUGAAAGAAGCUCAAAUACUUGCUCAGUACGACCAUCCCAAUAUUGUCAAACUUAUUGGAAUAUGCUCUGAAAAGGAGCCAAUUUACAUUGUCAUGGAACUGAUGUUGGGAGGAGAUUUUCUUUCUUUUCUGAGGAAGAAAGGAAAUGGCUGCUCUCCAAAGCAGCUGACGGAGUUUGGAAGACAGGCAGCUGCAGGAAUGGAAUAUUUGGAGGGCAAGAAUUGUAUUCAUCGAGAUUUGGCAGCACGCAAUUGUUUGAUAGGUGAUGAUAACAUUGUCCUGAAGAUAUCAGACUUUGGAAUGAGUCGUGAAGAGGAUGAUGGAAUUUAUACGGUAUCAUCAGGAAUGAAGCAAAUUCCGAUUAAGUGGACUGCACCUGAGGCCUUAAACUAUGGCACGUAUACAUCAUUCUGUGAUGUUUGGAGUUUUGGUGUUCUCCUUUGGGAGUCUUUUUCUUGUGGCUCUCCUCCAUACCCGGGAAUUAACAAUAGGGAGUGUCGUGAACGUGUCGAACUUGGCUACCGCAUGCCAGCGCCUGAAGGAACACCGACGGAAGUUUAUGAAGUAAUGCUUAAGUGUUGGGAGUAUGAGGCGGAGAGCAGACCAAAUUUUGCUGCUGUUCACAAAAUGCUGAGAGUUAUUGUUACAACAAUGAAAUGACAGGUUUGUAAUUGUAAUAACUGUGCUGUACUUUUUGGUUUCAAUGCCCCGCGACUGCAGUAGAAUUGAAGGUUAUGCUGCUUAAUCGGUCGGUUUUUGGUACUCUUAGUAUUCAGAUAUCAUGAAAGACACCGCGUUUAGAUUAACUACGUGUAGAGUGCACUCAAUCAAAUAGACGAGAUAUGUUUGUCGAGGA